AGAAGAAACUAAAACUAAAAGAAAGCAAUGGCCUCCCCAGUCGGGUCGAGAAGAGCAAGUUAGUCGAACGGAGACUUGGCUCGCCAUCUUCAGCCGCCGACUCUGCAUUGUUAUCGCACGGUGUGGGCCGUGGGAGGGGCCGUCCUAGUCGCACCUGCACCAAACACACUCUUUGCUAGGACCCAGGGCCCAGGAGGAGACUUGGCCACCGGCAAGUUUGUAAAGGUGAUGGGCCUGGCUGACUGAGGGAGCAGACUGAUGGCCAUGAAGACGCUGGUGGUGCUCGCGCUGGUGGGCCUGGGGGCCGCGCUCGGCCCCAUCAACCACCACCUGCAGCAGGAGCUCGACAUGGGCAGUCCCAACAAUUUGGCGGCGACCGCGGUGGCGGCGGCGAUGGAGGACGGAAGCGACUUUGACUUUGAGUCGGGUCGGGCGCCCGAGUGGAAAGUGGCGGCGACGGUGUCGUGGCCGAACGGCGACUCGGAGCGCGUGCAGCGGCUGUGGGGCAUCGCGGACACGACGGCCGCCGUCGGCCACCUCUUCUCCUUCACGGUGCCCGUCGACGCCUUUUCCGGCGAGGUCACCACCGUCGAGGCCGUCGUGGACAAGGGCAAGGCGCUGCCCCGGUGGCUCCUCUUCGAGGCGGCCAGCGGCCACUUCGAGGGCGUGCCCGAGGCCUCGGACGUGGGCGAGGUGUACGUCCGCGUGGUGGCGAGGGGCGGCGCCGGCGAGACGGCCAGCGACGUCUUCGCCAUCAACGUCGUGCCCAAGAGCACCUACCAGGUCCCCGAGUGCGACGCCGGCCAGGACCGUCUGCAGAUUUCGGUGCUUGUCGACGCCCAGCUCGCCAAAAUCAGCCCCAAGAGCAGGGUGGCCGCGGUCAGGAACCUCGCCGGAUUCCUCAGUGUCUCGCCUGACACAGUGAAAAUGCUGAGCCAAGAUUCCGAAAGUGCUGUUUCUCUGCACGACGAGACGGUGGUGGCCGCCGGCGCUGGAAACUCCAAGCACGGCCGCACCACCCUCAACCCAGCAGUGGUGCUCAAGUUCCCUUCGACCUGCGCCAGCCCUGGCCAUGCCCUCCUGCUGGAGCGACUGCAGGCGCUGGCCAUGGACGGCACCCUGGCAGAAGUGCUGCAGCUGCCUGUGAUAGGGUGGCUCGCCCAGCAAACCACCCCAAGACUGCUCACGACCAAAGCCCCGGCCAGAGAGAGGAGACAGGCACUUCUGGCUGAGGGGUCAGGUGGUGGAGACGACGACUCAUAUGACUAUGGCAGUCCUGAUGAAGAUGAUGAAGAGGAGGACUCGGUGACGCCGGACUCGCGUGAGGUGCCCACGAUGGCGUCGCCCAUCUUUCCGGAGGCGACGGCGACCACCCCUCAACUUCAGUCGCAACACCCCCGUCGCCACCACCACGGCGAGGGUGAGGACGAGGACGAGGUGGCCGUCAGUCCUGCCAACAGCCCUGCUCUAGUCGCCUCCAUCGUCCCCACCCCCACUCUGGUGCCCAUCAGACCGACGCGCCUCUCUGAUCUGGUGACCCCACCUGACCAGGUUGAGGUUUCCAUCGAGCCCAGCAGGGUGGGCGUCGAGGACUUCAUGCCCGUCACUCCCUCCUUCACACCCUCCUUCUCUCCCGAGCCGGAUUAUGGCGAAUCCGUUGAGGUUGACGAGCUUUCAACCUCGGAAGGUUCAUCCAGUCCUCAGGUCACGCAGCCGCUGCCUGCCCUGCCUUCCAGCACUCCCAGCUCAACGUCCGAGGAGCGCUCUUCCACCACGGAGCAGGGCAGCAGCAGCAGCAGGGUCACCACUGAGGAGGUCGAGUACGGCACCAAGAACUUUGCCCCCACCAUCAAGCAGCGUCUGCGCAAACAGCCCGUGGUGGCCGGCAAGGUCUUCAGGUUCACCAUUCCUGAGGACUCUUUCCAGGACUUUGAGGACGGCAACACCAAGAAGUUGAGACUUAUUUUCAAGAGCGCCGAAGGCACAGCCCUCUCCUCCAGCUCAUGGAUCCAGUUUGACACCGCCACUCAAGAGGUCUACGGACUUCCUCUUGAGGAGCAGGUGAGCAAAUGGAACUUCUAUGUAGAGGCGAUGGACAAGGAGGGCAAGACUGUGACAGACACUUUGGAGGUUGUGGUGCAGCACCACAAGGCGACGCGCACCGUCAACCACGAGUUCUCUCUGCAGCUCAAGAUCGACAGCAAGUUCGACUUCCCCUCGUCAGUCGACUGGCAGAUGAACGUCCUGAACGGUCUGACCAGGUUCUUCGGCGACUCCAACGAGAACCACAUGACCGUGAUCAACGCCACCGCCAGCAUGAGCUCCACAGACAACAUCCUCUUCACCUGGACCAACGACUCGCUGCCCAAGGAGGAGUGUCCGUCGCACACCCUCAAGCAAAUGUACUCGGCCAUGACCAUCAACGACAAGGGCGAUCCGUCCAUGGCCCUCAAGGAGGCCAUUGGCAAGACCUUCACCAUCAAGCACGUCACCUUCAGAGGCUUCAGCAAGUGUGAGUCGCUCGUUCUCGGGCCCCAGCCGGCCACCAGGCAAAAGGAGACGCCACCUGACUCAGGGGACAACAACUUCUCGCCCGUUCUGCGCAACCAGGUUGACCAAUUGACAGCCGUCGCUGGGGAACUCCUUGUCUACAGAGUCCCUGAGGACACCUUCUAUGACAAUGAGGACGGCAGCACCAGGAACAUGAAGUUGAACCUUCUGCUGAUGAACAGGUCGCCCGUCGAGCCUACCAACUGGCUGCAGUUCGAUGUGAAGAACCAAGAGUUCUUCGGCGUUCCUGAGAAACAUGACAAGGGCACUAGGGAGUACCAACUGGUAUGCGAGGACAGCAGCGGAAAGACGGCCAACGACGGUUUGGUUGUGACGGUGCAGCCUCCUGAGCACAGACCCCACCACGUUGAAUUCAGGAUGACCCUAGCCAAGCCUUCGCUUUCUGAAGUUGAAAAGAAUGCAGCCAACAAGAGAAAACUGCUGGAGAGGAUUGCCGAGUUGUUCGGCGACUCGGACACGAGGAACAUUGUCCUUGACAAUCUGCGCCAACCACCCUUCCAGCACCACUCUGGACCCAGCCCUACUAUUGAAGUUUUGUGGUACAACAAGUCGAUGCCAACAGACCGUUGUCCAGAGGCUGAGGUGGCCGGUCUGCGGCGCAUGAUCAUCUCAGAGGAGGCCGUGGGCCACAGCAACCCUUCCAUCUCCGCUUCGCAGCUGUCGCCGCGCGUGGCCGAGGUCAUGCGCUCCGACUUCCACGUCCUCAAGGUCAUGAUGGUGCCGACGGGGGUGUGCCAGGGCGAGUUCACCUUUGAACACUCGCCGGUGACGCCCGAGCCGCCGCCCGACGACGACCUCAACACCUUCGGCAGCAGCAAGGCCUCGGACGACUACCUCAUCACCUACAUUGUGCCGGCCGUGGUCAUCGCCUCGAUGGUGCUGCUUGCCCUGCUGGUCGCCUGCACCCUCUACAGACGCAGGAGGCGCGGCAAACUGGCCGUCGGCGAAAGGAGCGGCCCAGGCACUCCGGGCUUCCGAACCAGGGGCAUUCCUGUCAUCUUCCAGGACGAGCUUGACGAGAAGGCUGUGGAGCCUGUGGCGAAAAGCCCGGUGAUCAUGAAGGAGGAGAAGCCGCCGCUGCCGCCUCCGGAGUAUUCGGUGCCCCUGCUGGGGAUGUCGCCGCACCCGACGCCGCCCAUGAUGCAGCAGCACCGCCACCCAACCGCCGAAGACCCGCUGCUCUCGGACGAACCCGAGGCCUCACCCUACCAGCCGCCGCCGCCCUUCGCCAGUGGCCGCGAGAACGGCCGCCAGAGCAGACCCAAACCCACCCCUACCUACAGGAAGCCACCCCCGUACGUGCCGCCCUAACCGGGGGCGCCGCCCCAAGCACAGGAAUGGCGGGAGCUUUCUGUUUAGUUUCCAAAAAUUAAUUCUAUCAAAGGGCAGCUUUUGACCAAAUUUCCUAUUUCUCCGAAAGCGAUGUUCAUUUUUUUCCACUUUUAAGUUUACACAAAAUGCUGCUGCAAAACAAGUCAAAUUACAGAGCUUUUGUAAGGAAACGAGCUCGCUUUUUAAAGCUUACUUUUUUUUAACAUUUUGAAAUCCCGAAUCGACCAUUCCUGUUGUAAGAGAAAAGGGUCCUCUUCCUCCAGCGUGCAACACACAAUAUAAAUAUUUGACGUCCACAAGAAGGCUCUUUUAGUGCCGAACUACGAAAAACAAACUCUAAAUCGCUGUUGAGAAUAAAUUUGGUUUUGCCGCAGCCUAGGGAGAAAAAAAUCACUAACUACGAAACUAAAGUUAGCUGUUAGUUACCAAAGACUCAAAAACUACUGCCGAGCGUGGGUGUGUGCGCGCGCCGAGUGUGCCGACUGACCGACCUGCAGCGAUAUUAGCCUUAAGUUUUCCUUAUUAUCAUUAAAAAAAUUAAUUAAUAAUUAACGAACUGAGUGUAAAAUGUUUGUGUCGGUUUUAUUCAUCUCUUUUUUGAUGUUUUCCACUCUCACUUAUUAGUGUUUCCACAUCUAUAUAAUAUCUCUGGACAAUAUGUAAAAUUUUGACGGAAAAAAGCAAGCCCGAUGAAGAGUCUCUCUUAUCAACUUAAUUUAUCUUCCAUCCAAUUAGUUUCUGCUCCGCCGUUAGAAUUUUAUUUUUCUAUAAUCAAUGAUUUUUUUUUU